AUGGCGCUCAGAUUCUAUGCAACAGGAGCAUUCCUGGACAACAUCGCCAGUGAUGAAUUCAUCGCCACUACAAAGCGCCCGGUCUCCGAGGCUAUCCAUGCUGUCAGCCUAGCCAUAAUAAAAAAUUUGGGACCGAGAUAUCUGAAGUUCCCGGCAUCCACAGAAGAGAAGGUAGCCAUCAAACGGGACUUCUACGCCAUAGCAGGGAUACCCGGAUGCCUUGGUGCAAUUGACGGUACUGCAAUAGCCAUAAUCGCCCCGAGUCGCAGUGACCCCCGCUUUGUUGAUGGGAAUUAUUAUUCCCACAAGGGAUACCAUGCCCUCAACGUGCUAGGGAUAUGUGAUGCCAAUCGCAGAUUUCUCCACAUUGACGCCACGUACCCAGGGAGCUGCCACGACUCCUCGGUGUGGAGCAUGUGCGAAGUCCGUCUGCGAGCACCGACGACAUUUGCUGAGGGCGAGUGGCUGUUAGGAGAUCUGGGGUACCCUCUUGAACCGUGGCUCUUGACUCCUGUUCGUUAUCCUGCAACACAGAAGGACCAGGCAUACAACAAAGCCCACUGCAAGAACCGGGUUCGAAUUGAACAGUGUUUUGGAGUUUUAAAGAUGCGCUUCCGCUGUCUGCAUCGCUACAGGACCUUGCACUUUGCACCUGACAGGGCAUGCAAUAUUAUCACUGCAUGUGCAGUUUUGCAUAAUAUGUGCAUUGGCUACAAUUUGCAAGACCCUGAACACGAAGAUGAAGGCUCCGAUCCCGAUCCUCCUGCUGCUCCCGAGGAUGAAUGGGAUGAUGUAGAGAGCAGUGCAUCACUGACUGACUGCUCAGGCAGUGCACCGCAGGCAACAAGUUAUUAA